UAGGAGGUUAAUGGAUAACUUUUCUUUCUCUUUUAAAGUGCUUGUGAUUUUUAAUCAUCUGCGUGUCUCAAUUCUUCAAACCGAACCGUAAGAAUGUAGGUAUUAGACCCCCCGACGAAAUGGAAAAGCCUGCCGAUUCUGCUUCCCUUAAAUUUCGUAUCGAAUUCUGUGAACACGAUCUUCCACUUGUGCAAAAACAUAUGGACGUACUAUGUGCCAAAUUUGGUGUUAAAUUUCUAGAAGCCGUUUCUAAAGACGAAAAUUCAACUUUAAAAUCAUCGUGCACCUUUGAAGUUUUAAGAAAUCCCAAGGAAAAGAGUUCAUCAUCUGAUGUAUCUAAGAUCAAACAGAAUACCCAGAGUUAUGUAGAUGCGUUGUGUAGCGCAGAGAAGAAAACGGGGAUCGAAGAGGACGAAGAUGAAGAUGCACAGAACGAGCGGAACGACUCGAGUUACGAUUCGGAUUACGAGGCCGGCGACGAAUCGGCGCUUCAUGAGGACAUCAGUCGCACCGUUUCUGACACCCUCAAAGCGGAGUUCGAUGAAUAUGUCAACACAAAUGACACGAGUUACAUGAGUAAAGUGGAGUUCGGCCUCAAGCUCGGUUACUCAGAAAAGCUUGUCCAAACAGCACUUCAAAAACUAGGGCCGAAUCCCGAGCAAAAUGAGUUAUUGGAGGAACUCAUUAAACUUGGUGCUCAAGGGAGCAGUCGAGGAGGAAGUGGAGGAGGAACUGUUGGUGAAGUAAAUGAACUACCACCUCCACUUUUGUCACAAGAAUGCACUGUGCAACAGCAUCAACCAAAUGAGACCCGUCUACGUCCAAUUGUUAUUGAUGGUAGCAAUGUAGCAAUGAGUCAUGGCAACAAUGAAGUAUUCUCUUGUCGAGGAAUCAAAAUUUGUGUUGAUUGGUUUCGAGCAAGAGGUCAUCAAGAAAUUGUUGUCUUUGUACCAAAGUGGAGAAAAGAAUCACCCAGGCCAGAUAAUCUCAUCAGAGAUCAAGAUGUGCUUCUAGAAUUGGAACGAGAAAGGGCUCUUGUUUUCACCCCAUCUCGGUUGGUUGGAGGAAAGCGUAUGAUUUGCUAUGAUGAUAGAUAUAUUUUACGGUUGGCUGCAGAUAUGGAUGGGAUCGUUGUCUCAAAUGACAACUAUCGAGACCUUGCCCAAGAAAAUCCUGAAUUUCGGAAAGUUGUCAAUGAGCGGAUUCUCAUGUAUUCUUUUGUCAAUGAUAGGUUUAUGCCUCCCGAAGAUCCUCUCGGAAGAUCUGGACCCACAUUGGACAAUUUCUUGUCUGGAGCAAAAAUGAAAAUGAAUGGUGUCUCAAUACCCUGUCCAUAUGGGAAGAAGUGCACUUAUGGUAACAAAUGCAAAUUCGAACAUCCAGAAAGGGGACCAUUUCCGCAGAAGUCUGUCUCUGAAAGAUUGUUAGAAAAUGCUCAGCGACAGCUUCAAACUCGGUUUUCGGACAAUACUUCUGGUAAACAACUGACCGGGAAAUCUAUAAGUCUACCUCUAUCUUCAAGUAGCGGUGGAAAUUAUGGAGCAGACAGCAAACCAGUGCUAAAAACUCGGCUUUCUCGAACAAAAUCUACAAAUCCUGUGUGUUUGGAGUCAAGCUUGAGUGAUCAGAGUCAAGGAAAUUCCAUGUUAGGACCAAGUGGGACUAGCAUACCAAGUGGUUGGUCCAUGCAAGGAUCAAGUCCCACUCAUCCUGUCAACUGGCCGUCUCCUAAUGCAAUGAAUAUCCAGUAUGAGCGCAAACAUCUGCAUCAAGAUGCCCCGAUAAAUCUGCAUGCCAAGCUGCAGCGUCAGUUAUCAUUGAAUCCAACCUAUGAUCCACGCCUGCAUCACUUGCAAAACUUUGCUGCGUCUGAACAUGACAGAGUUGCCAGAGCUGCAAGCUGUGAUAUAUACUCUCCUCCGCCAGAAAUCCAUCAAGGCGUGACUAGGAUAGCAUCUGCCCCUCUGUCGCAACACGCUGCCUUACUUAAAUCACAAUCAAAUUUAUCUGUUCCUCCUCCCGUGUGGAAUGUGUCACCAACAUUCUCUCAUCCAACCGAGGAUAGAAACAGAUUACGUUAUCACUUGUCCUCAAUUUUUCCUCAAGAACAAGUUGAUACUGUCAUGCAAAUGUAUCCAGCUGAGACAAACGCUCAAAAGCUGUGUGCACUAAUUUUGUCUAUGUUUCCCAUUGGUUCCUAGAACUAAAUUAGUAUUCAUUACUUACCUUUCGCUAGAAAUCAUUACUUCUCAUGGUUCCAUUUCUGGUGCUUGAAGUUUUUAAUGUGCUGAGUCCAUCAACCUUUAAUAGUGGACUGAGUUUUCUUUUCAUGAAAGGAUAUUUUCCCUCACAGAAAAAGGAGAGGCUUCAUUAAUUUACUGUGAACAAGAAGACAAAGUCUCAGGUUCUGGUCAAUCUUGAUAUUAUUGAGCAAUGCAUUUGGUCAUGGCACUAAAUUUUUUCUUGCUUUAAAACAUUUAUAAAGCUCAUUGCUAAUUUUUUCUCUCUUUCUUGCUCUCUUCUUUCCCAGUGAGAAGAGAGAAGGUCUUACCUUCAAAAAGGUGCCUCAACUUUUUGAUGGCGAUCCUCAUAAAUCAGUUGAUCUGCUCUUAGUGACGGUAACUAUUGGAUCUAUUUUAAUUUUUAAUUACAGAUUGUUUCUGUAUUCUUUGAGGCACCCUGGAUUUUGACACUUUCAAUUUUUUUUUUCUUUUUUUUUUUGCUUUUUGGAGAACUUGCAUUUUCAAAAGUUUCAACUAAACAAUGUAAGAUGAGAUGACCUAAGACUUAGAGAACGUUAAUUAAUUGAUAAAGUGAUCAACUCUAUAACGAUGCAUUUCAAUCGCAACAUUUUAAAAUUGGUGUGUAUACUUUUGUUUCUGGGAAAAAUGAA